AUGUCAGCUAGUAGUAAGUAUUCUGAUACUAAUUCAGGAGUAAAUCAAGGGACUAGCAGCGGGUUUGUUACCGGAGUCCAACCCUCACAUCCCGGAGAUCAAGAAGAACCUAUGGCCAAUAUAGACGAUGCUUAUUCUAGUGAUUCGGAUGAAGAUGAUGUGAUUGAACAGCCUCCAACAAAAUCCAACAAACCUGGAAAUAAUGCUUUUAGACAACAAAGAUUAAAGGCUUACAAUCCAGUGUUUACUGCCAAGAUGGUGGUACCAUUGUUGUUGGUAAUUGCCUUGAUCUUCAUACCUUUAGGAGCAGCUAUGUGGUUAGCAUCUCAUAGAAUUGAAGACUUCGCCAUAGAUUAUAGUCAUUGUGAAUUAUUGGCCAAUAGAAACACUUUCACCGAAAUUCCUGAUGAAUAUUUACAAUACAAUUUAAAGAACAAGAACUGGGCUAAACCUCAAUGGAAAUUGGCUACUGAUGAAGAUCAAGAUUUUGAAGAUGAAAGAAAUGUAUGUCAAAUCCAAUUCAAUUUAGCUGAAGGAUUAAAAGCACCAAUUUAUUUGUUCUAUAGACUUGAAAAAUUCCAUGCUAAUCAUCGUAGAUACGUCAUUUCAUUCAGUGAAGAGCAAAUUAUUGGUCAUGCUGCUAGUGAAGAUACAGUUAAACACACAUCAGGACAAAAUUGUCAACCUAUGUCAACUAAUGAUGAUGGGAAAAUCAUUUAUCCAUGUGGUUUGAUCGCCAAUAGUUUAUUCAAUGAUACUUUUUCUCAUACUUUAACUGGUGUUAAUGGUACUUCUGAUGAUUAUAAAAUGACUAAUAAAGGUAUUGCUUGGAAGAGUGAUGCUAAUAGAUUUAAGAAAACUGAAUAUUCUCCUGAUGAAGUUGUACCACCACCAAAUUGGUACAAGAAAUAUCCAAAGGGUUAUACUGAAGAUAACAUGCCAAACGUCGAAACUUGGGAAGAAUUCCAAAAUUGGAUGCACCCAGCAGGUUUACCAACUUUCAACAAAUUAGCUUUACGUAAUGAUGACGAUGAGUUACCUGCUGGUACUUAUCAAAUUGAAGUUGGAUUACAUUUCCCUGUCUUACCAUUCAAAGGUGGUAAAUAUAUUUAUAUUUCUCAAAGAUCUGUGAUGGGAGGAAAGAAUUAUUUCUUAGGUUAUAGUUGGAUCGCAGGUGGAGGUUGUUGUUUCAUUUUAGCCAUUGCGUUAUUAAUCGUCAAUGUUAUUAAACCAAGAAAGACUGGGGAUGUUAAUUUAUUAAGUUGGAAUCGUGAAAGUUUCAAAGCUAAUGAGUAA